AAAUCAGCUUUGGGGUUGUAACAGUAACUACACUUCAUUACACCACCCGGUUAUUGUUGUUCUUAGAACCGCACAGCACACAAUGCUUUAUUCUUGCUGAUUGAUUAAUACUGUCGAUAUGCAGCGUCGAGAUAAGAAUUACACCCUAAAUCUCCCUCAUUUCGCCAUUAUUCGUUCUCUCGUGGUGUUUGUACCUACAAGAAGAGUUGUUUUUUUUCUUUUUGCCGAGAGUUUUCCUGAAUGCAGUGCCUUCAACAGAAUGCUGCGUAUAAUAGUAUGUAAAAAUGUGACCCAAGGAUAGUUUGGUGAAGACGGUCAUGACGACAGGAAUAUAGGUUGUUGGAUUCCCACCCCCUGCCCAGUCACAUGGGUAUCGGACUCUUUGCACGAUACCAUUUUCUAUCGAUAACGUUAAAUGUGGAUAUCCCCCAGGAUGAAGCGGGUGAUCUGGAGGAUUCUGAGCGAGGCUCUGGCGGUGCGCUCUGGGAAUCCGGUUGCUCAGGGGAAACACCUGCGCUGGUGUGGAAGCGGCACCGUAAUCUUCAGAAACCUGUCGCUGAGCUGCCAGCUGUGUGGAAAAACUCCGGGACAGUCCAAGAAGAAAGAGCUUUCUGAGAAGAAGCUGACACGUUAUUUCGUGGACCAGCGCAGGGUGAAGUUCCAGGCCGGGUCAGGAGGAGACGGAGCCUGCAGCUUCCACAGCGAACCUCGCAAAGAGUGGGGCGGCCCGGACGGGGGAGACGGGGGUAACGGAGGCGACAUCAUCAUAAAAGUGAACAAGCAGAUAAAGUCGUUGUCUCUCAUAUCGGCUUCAUAUCGAGGAGAAAACGGCGAAUCUGGGAGGAGUAAGAACUGCUAUGGACGCAAUGCUGGCCCAAAAUACAUACUGGUGCCCAUAGGCACUGUGGUGAAGGAGCAGGGCAGAACAGUAGCCGAUCUUGCUCAUCACGGGCAGGAAUACGUUGCUGUACACGGCGGAGCAGGAGGAAAAGGCAAUCGCUUCUUUCUUUCCAACGAAAACAGAGCACCGGUGGCGACCACGGCCGGAGAACCAGGAGAAGAACGAGCGCUCCAUCUGGAACUGCGGACGAUGGCACAUGCUGGAUUGGUGGGGUUUCCUAACGCAGGGAAGUCGUCGUUGCUGAGAGCAAUCUCUAACGCCCGUCCUGCCGUAGCAGCUUAUCCCUUCACCACGCUGAAUCCACACGUGGGCGUCGUUAAGUACAGAGACCACGAGCAACUGGCAGUGGCUGAUAUCCCUGGCAUAAUCCGCGGCGCUCACCUGAACCGUGGCCUCGGUUUGUCUUUCCUGCGUCACAUCGAGCGCUGUCGCUUCCUGCUCUUCGUGUUGGACAUGUCGUCCCCGGAGCCAUGGGAUGAGCUGCAGUGUCUGCGCUUUGAACUAGAUCAGUACGAAGCGGGUCUCUCUCAGCGUCCUCACGCCAUCGUGGCCAACAAGAUGGACCUGAGCGGCACAAAGGAGAAACUGGAGGAGCUGAGGAGACGAGUGGACCAGCGCAUCAUUCCUCUCUCCGCUCUCACCGGAAAUAACACAGAGGAGCUGAUCAUCCACCUGAGGGAGCUCUAUGACGACCAUGCAGGACAGGCAAUGUUCAGCUGGUAGACAUGAGGAGUUGUUGAAUAUGUCACUUUUUGUAGAUCUGGUCAGAUCAGAGAUCAUGUUUCAUGUUCUAAAGAGAUGAAAGUGUGCGUGUGAUGAUUUAUACGUGCGGUUUAUGUGAUCUUAAAGCGUCUCUUAGUCGUUGGCUAUAUUUGCGUCGUAGCUUCACUAGAAGAAAGCUCAAGAAGAAAACGUCAGACACCAUAAGUUAUGGCUGAUCGACUGUAGAUUCGGGCGCUAUGAUGGUCAGGAUGAGGAACAACUUCUGAACUACAGCAAAGAAACAGCCUUGUCCGAUGUCAAGACAAAACAAAUGCUCUGGCUAGCAAAAACCACCAUUUAUGAAACGUUUCUUCUGAAAGAUGUGUUCACCCAAAUAUCAAUUUUGAUUCACCGAUUCAUCCAGAAAAAUUCACAAUCAAACCUAGCAUUCUAGCUCCAUGAGGGUCGGCAUGGAGAGAAAAACCGGCCAUUUCUGGAAAACUGAAACGCCAAAUGAGGAACUAACUUCACAUUUUUAAUAUGAAGACAGUAUUUAGUGGUCUUGAAUUCUUCAGUGUUGAUUCAGCAGAGAAACUACUGACUUGUAAGAGCAAAUGGUAAAGAGAAAUGUAAUAAUAAUAAUAAUAAUAAUAAUAAUAACUGUUCUCUUUGACACUGAAAACAUCCAAAGCAUUUGGAGAAAAUAAAACUAGUGAGCAGGAAUGUAAAAUGAAUGUAUUUGUUUUUGUGAUCUAUUUAUUAAAUGCGUUUCUAAAUAAAUAUGUUGUUAAAUGUUUAUUACAGUAGGUUGUUUCUGCGGUGUGGUGUGACCAGGCAUUAUCAGCUUAUGACACCUUGUCAGUCUUGGCGAAAACAUGACCUUUAAAGCAGACCUAUCAUGUCCCUUUUUUCCAAGACGUACAGUCAUAUAAGUCUCAGGUGUACCCCAGAAUGUGUCUGUGAAGUUCCAGCUCGAAAUACCCCAUAGAUCAUUUAUUAUAACAUGCUGUAAAUGGCCUUUGUUGUGUAGAAGCCAAAAUACAACGUUUUCGUGUGUGUCUCUUUAAAUAUGCAAAUGAGCUGCUGCUGCUCCCCGC